AAACAAUAUGGCGGCGGGUGGCUAUAGAACCAGCGAAGUUGAAGAUUAAAGCUAAAACAAAGGUUGUUUUAUGCUUUGAUGCAGAUUUUCGUGUUGUUACUUGCUGACGUUAUGCCACUUUUCGAAAAUAAAGGUAAAAAAGAGAAGUUACAAUUAAAGAAGAGCAGAUGCUUUGAAUACGAUGAGUCAACAGAAUGUCCUGACAUUUGACAAUUCCUCAGUUCAUUAUACACAGAUUCUCAGCCACAGUGAGCGACAGGGUUCAGUGAGUUCAGAGUCGCUGUCCGUGAUGGGAAACACUCAUUCAACAGCACAGAGAAGAAAUAAAAGUAACUUUUGAUUAGAGCUUCUCUAGUCACCUCAAUUUAACAAGUAUCAGUAGUAACACUUGUAUUUGUAUUACUUAUACUUAAAUUGCCUGGGAUUAUUGAAAUUAAUUUUAAAACUAAAACAAAAGUAAUCCACUAAAAAAAUGUAAGUUACAUGUUGGGUUAACGGUAUGGGUUUUGCCAAGAGUUGUCUCACACUAAGCUCAGUGAUGUCACUAUGGGGAAUCUCUACAUUGGAGUAAAUAUACCAAUUUGUAGUACAUGAACACUUUGUGUGAUAACUUUCCCGUUCUUCACUGCAAAUUACUUGCAUCAUAAAUAAAUUUGACGAUCAAUGCUGUUAAUACAUUAUGUUAUAUUAAAAUGAAAUUUUCCAUUAAUUUUUAUUAAACUUGAACUGAAAGUUUCUAAAGAAAUGAAAAAAGAAACACAUGGUUGCUGAAACUUCAAGACCCAACACCGCUAAAAGUGCUGUCUUUUGAUUAGUUAAAAAUCAAAGUAUCUGUAUGCUAAAACUUUUAUAACAGAAGGUAGAAUACUACUUAAUUUGUAUUAGAAAUGGACAUCGACGCAAUAGCUUUGGAAGUAUUCAAUUAUUACCACUAUAUAUAUACACCAAAAUAGUUGAUAACUUGUGUUUCAGAAUGAAUUUAGAGGGCAUUUUAUGAUCGGAGUAUUCUCAUUUUAGGUUUAAAAACCUGGUAGAGUCCAUAUUAUAAAUUAUAUUAUUUUCCGUGUUAAAAAUCUCAUAGUUGAUUUUCCUCCCAUUUUCAAUAACAAAAUAAGACACACCUCUCCAGAACCCUAAACUUUCAAAAAUAGAAAAUGUGAAGAAUAAAAACUGGAAAUCAAAACUUUUUGAAUGGAAGUUGUCCUGGUGGAACCUCCAUGACCUAUAUACUGUGGAACACUAUGUCAGCCUUACCGCUAACCCAAAAUUAGACAAUUUUAAUAGGCCCUAACAGUAGUUUAGGAUUUUAUAAUAUAAAAAUUAUAUAUAAUAUUCACAACAUGGUAAUUCCCCUUCAUUUCAGGGAAAAUUGAUUUAUAAUUGAAAUUAAUAAUUCAAAUCAUUCUCUUAUUGUAGUAAUUGUCAUUUCCCUUUGGUCUUGAAAAGAAAAAAAAAUUUCUUUAAUAUUUUUAAAAUUAUAUAGGUGUUAUAGGUAAAUCAACUUAUAAAACUAUCUUUUCAUUACUUCAGUUAGAGUCUAAAAGUAAUUUUAGAACUUAUUUUAGAUACAUUAAUUAAUUAAGAAUUGCUUUGCAAAUAAGUUUGUUGUGCUUACUGUACUCCCUAACUUUCAUGCAUGAUAUAUAGCCCAGGAUUUUAAUUUAAAAACAAAAUAGGCCUAAGUUGAUAUUUUAUUCAUAUAGAAAAAAAAAUUUACAAAAUUUCUCAAAGUAUAUAAAAUUAAGUCUUGCCUACCUGAGAAUUAUUAUUUAAAAUAAUUUGUUUAAAUAUGCAAAUCAGUCUUGAAAAUGGUCUUGAAAUUAAAACUUAUUUAAAGUUAUAUGAUUUUUAUGUUUGAAAAGACCAAGAAAGUAAGGUUAAAUGUAAACAAAAUACAUACUCUUGAACAUAUGUAACUAACCUCAAAUUAAUAUUCAUUAAAUGUUAAAAGUAAAAGCAACCCUUAAUAUUUGUUCUAAUCAUGAUUUUAAUAAUAAUAAUGGUUUUAAAAUCAGAUGGGCAUGGCAAUGGGAGUUAGUCAUUUGUUUUUUCUUGCCUUGGUUUGCCUUUCUUGUCUUUUAUGUGGCUAAUGGCAACUAAAAUUUAACGUCAUGACUACAUAACUGAUAAUGGAGAUAUACCUUAUAAGUCUUUUAAAACGCUUUUAUUUUGAACAGAUUUUAAUGUUUUUUAACCCAUUCACAGUUUCUGAAAAUGUUAAUAUUUUAUCUUUUUUUCUUCUUUUUAAAAAAAAAAAAAAAAAAAAAAAAAAUAUAUAAAAAAAUAUAAAAAAAAUAUAAAAAAAAAACUUAUAAGUUUUUUAAAACGCUUUUAUUUUGAACAGAUUUUAAUGUUUUUUAACCCAUUCACAGUUUUUGAAAAAGUUAAUAUUUUUUCUUUUUUUUUUCUUUUUAAAAAAAAAAAAAAAAAAGAAAGAAAAUUGUUGAAAGAACUAUUAGCUACUUUAAAAAAAAAUUACAAAUUCAGUAGCAUUACAUUACAUGUAACUUCCUUUAAUUCUGAAUGGUUUUUAUUGCACAUCAUGUUACAUAGAAAAUAAAAUGCUUUUAUUCAACAAUACAAAUCCUUUUACAGCAGUUGAAAUCAUCAAUAUAAGCCUUGUCCAUCAUGGGACAUCACAAGCAGAGGACACCUGUCUAGGCAUAGUUACCAUACCUAUUCAGCAAUGGCAAGACUUGCGGUUGCCAACAUUACGGUCAAUAUUGAGACAGCAACUUUGUCAAGUAGUGCCACAGAGAUUUAUCUUUUAUACAAAAGCAAGGUAUUUAAUUAUAGGAAUACAUUACAGCCAUUAAUAUGAAGCACUUGAAGAUACUGUAGGCAGAUGUUUUGCCAAUAACUUUUUUUUUUUAGUGUGUUGAAUAUUACAUCUAAUAACUAACAAAUAAUUUAUCAUUAGAUGAUGUAACAUCAUUUUUUUCCUCAAAGCUAAAUCAUUCAAUUAUUUAUUUAAUAGCAAUAACUUAAAAUUCCUUGGUAAGUGCAACCUUAAUUGCAUAUUUCUUUUUAUGAUUUUUAGUUGUUUUUUGUUUGUUUUUUUGUCAUAGGUAUGAAAUACUCUAUGCCCAAGAGAAAGACAUUUUAUGUUCUCAAAUCUGUGAUUACAAUGGUACCAUAUUGAUAAGGGACAGUUACGGUAUGUCAAAUAUUUAGCUUAAGUACUAGAAAAAAAUGUUUAUAUUUUCUGUGUAUAUUUCUUAAAUGUGCUAAAGCUAAAUAAAGAAUUUUUUGGGCAGAGCCAUGUCAUUUCAUUUUUUGGGUCCUGAAAAUUGUUGCUAUUCUUGUGAUAUUGAUAACUGUUAGAAAAAAACAUAUAAUUUAUUAAGUAUAUGUUGAUUUUCAGCUUGGAUAGUUGUUAGUCUUCUUGCUUUAUUAAUGAAGCCAUCACUUGAAAUGAAUUUAAAAGGAAAAUAUUAAAAUAUUAAAAAAUAUUUGCUAUUGUGUAUUACUGUGAAAUACUAUAGUCAGAGAAAUCACUUUGAAGUGUACUGAGAAUUAAGUAUAAAUUUCAAACAAUAAAAAUAAAUGUUGUUACUUUCAUUGCUCUCCAUAGAAGCCACAGAUUCCUAAAUUAUAUUUGCAACUUUAGUCCUGACAUGAUAUUGCCACUGACUUAAAAAAACAGCGCAAUAUAUAUUUUUUACUUUAACCAAUAAUCUCCUUUACCUAUUAUGGCAUUUAAGUUGAAGGACAAUUUAUUGAGUGUGGUGACAUAAAAUGUACCAUAUAUCAUUUGUUAGCAAUUGUUUUAUCAAUUUGAAUGAAAGUUACCUUUUAAAGUUUUUGAAUGUUUCAGAUUUGCCAAAACUGUUUGUUAGAAAUCAUGAUGGUAGUGAGAUCUAUGGUCACAUUUUUAGUACAUUUUGUGCCACAUUAACUGACCUUCGCGACAUCAUAACAACAAAUGUAAGCUUAUAUUUUCCAUUUAUUAAUGUAAGUGGUUUACAAUACUGGAAAAAACAAACAGAAUUUAAAUUAAUAAACAUGUGAAAUAAAGUCAUUGAACUGUAAUUUGAUCAGAUCAUUUACCCAAAUUAAUUGAUGGUGUAUAAUUCUUUUAUUUUCCUUUCUUAUUCAGUGCUCAGAAAUUUCUGGCUCAUCAAGUAAGUUCCAUUUCAUGCACUCAGAUGGCUCCCUGGUACCUAUGGUUAUGGAAUCUCGUAUUUAUGUCUAUCAAAUUCUCAGAAAGCAUGAAGUAAGGAUAUUUGUCUCUGAACAUACCACAUGGGAACCAGGUGAUCAUCAGACACAGUUGAAACGGAAGUCUAUGGAAUCAGUAAUAGACCACUCACGAACUAAGACACUGAGGUAUUCCUUUAUUCUGAGUUAUUAACAAAUUAUGCAUUGAUUGCCUUAUCAAUGUAUUCAGCUUCUCUUUUUAAAAAAUUACAUUUUUUUCUGUAGUAUUAAGUUGUAGCCUCACCAUGUUUUUUUUCUGUAUUAUUUACCUGGAAUUUGAAACAUUUUUUUAUCUGUACUAUUUUCCAGGAGAUUACCAUUAUUAAAUUACGGGGGGGNGGGGGGGGGGGGAUUGGUUUAGAUGUGUUUCGUUUUUUCAAGGGCAUGCCCUUCAGAUAUUUCUUUCAUUAUAUUCCAGACUUUCAUUCACAUCCAGCAAAGACAUAGACAGAAAAUCUGCCGAUGUGACAGCUCCAAGUCCGCAAGUGAAUCAGGACCAUAAGCAGUUGCUGAUAAGCUAUGUCAGAGCUGAAGCAGCAGAACAUGCUAUUAACCUUAAAAGGAAAUUAACAGACAUAGGUUUCUCUGUCUAUCUUGUGAGUUUAUCAACAUAUAUAAGAAUGAGCCCCAUGUAGUUGUGUUACAGUCAGUUCAAUAACACAAAAAUAAAAGAUUCCCCAAAGUAGAAUAAACAGAGUGCAAAUUUUUGUUCAAUAGCUGUGAAAACUAAAUUCCUGCACAAUGUUGUAAAAAAAUUUUUACUUGGCAUAAGGAGGCAGGACAAAGUCCCUGAUACAGAGGUCCUGCAACACCCUGACUUUAUCAGCAUCCACACACUCCUACACAAAAGACUAGCCAGAUUGGCAGGGCAUGUUGUCAUAAUGCCAGACAGCAGACUUCCUAAAAAACUAAUAUUAAAUGAACUCUCCAGGGGGAAAUGCUCAUCUGAUGGGCAGAGAAAACACUUUAAGAAUUGUCUAAAAGUUUCACUCAAAUCCAUGAAUAUCAAUCUUAAUUGGUGGGAAACACUUGCUAUAGAUCGUUCAAGCUAGCCAGACAGAUUCAUUUUUGGAACACAAUUCUCUGAGAGUAAAGGCACCACUCACGCCCCAAGAAACCACUCAGCAAGGAAAAGCAGAAUCGAGUCCCAUAAAAAAACCUGUGUCCCUGUGUGGGAAAGCUUUCCAGGCACUUUAGGACUGGCAAGCCACCUGCAUACUCACAGUCAAAUAUAGCCUUGGUCAGCUUUGCAUGCAAAGGACGAAUAACGUUUUACGAAAAUCGAAUCAAUGCAAAUCCGAUAAAAUAAAUAUGCUUAUAUGUAAGAAUUAUUUUUCUAAAUUAGAAAUGAAAUCACUAUAAUAAUUAAACAAUAAUUUGUAAUUAUUUAUCUGAAUGUUAGCGUUAAAAUAUUUGUAUUCAAUUUACACUGCGAAAUCACAAUACAGUCAAUGCCCGAUUUUCAUGUGAUCAAGAUCGUUACCAAAGCCAGAGUGCUAAAUAAAACGAGAUUGACACAAUACUAUCAUUUGUGUAUUACUAUUAUUAAUUUAAAAGCAAAUAUAAUUGUAAAAUUAUAGUAGUAGUAGUUAAAGUAUUAACCUCAAGUGAAAUUGUAUUUUGUUUAAGACAUUCUAUUAUUACAGUACCCUUAAAUUAAAAUAUGAAAGGGCUUUUUUCCUCAUUAUUAUUGUAACUAAUUAAGGGAUCGGAUUUACUAUUUCCUAAAUAUACAUUUCAACGGCUUUGAAAAUUGUCUUAUUUUUUAGGAUGCCAUAAAUUAAAACUCGAUUCCGUUAUUACAUGAAAAUUGUAUUUUUAGAUGUGAUGACUGCACAAUAGCGGAUGGAAAGUAGUGCAAUAUGCCUUUCAUUAUUACCCUGAAAAAACCAGUUCAUAUCUCCUAGUGUUUAAUAUUUAAAUAAAUUGUUGGUAAAAAAUGUAUUUAAUCAAUAAAAAAUGUGCUUCUAUUGGGAUAGUUUUCUAUUCUUAGUAUUAGAAGAAAAGCUUCAGUUUUAAAGAUGUAUUUUUCCUCUCUUAAGUGUGUUAAUACUGAGAGUUUUAUCACCAUUUACAGGAUGUACAUGAAAUCAAGUCAGGACUAGACUGGCAGGACUCGCUCAACUAUGCAGUCAGUAAUUGUGAAGUGUUUAUUCCGCUGGUAACCCCUCGGUAUGGAGAGACACAGUGGACCAACAGAGAGGUAUAAAAGAGGUUAAAGUUGAGACGAAAAAAUAAUGCUUUUUUUAUUAUGCCAAAUUUGUAUCUAACAAUGCUAAAGAAUUCAUUUCUUGAAUUGAAUUUUUAAAUAACUAAAUGUAUGUAAACAUUAACUUCAUUAUUUUUGCCAAACAUAUUUUUUUACCUAAAAUUUUAAUGUUUCUUUAUGUUUUGUAGGUUAAACUUGCGGAUGUUUUGGGAAAACCAAUAAUCCCUAUCAGUUUUCUUGAAGAAUGGCCACCUCGAUGUCUUGCCAUUCAGUUUGCUACAACCCAGUACAUAUGGUGGAAAUCCCCUCAACAAAUUCAAGAAGGUCUAAGACAUUUUACAACUUUUCUGUCUCUAAACAUGAAUAUGAAAGUAGUAAAAUUUGGACAGAAUUAAACCACUUUUAGAAAACAUUAGCCCACUUUUGGAGGAAGCGGUUUGACCCUAAGACUAAAACAUUAGUUAAAAUUGUAAGAAUUUUCUCUGUUAGUUUGUUGAGAAGGCUUAUUAUGUUAGCUCUAAGUCUUUCAAAGUUUUACAAAACCAUACUUAUAAUUAAUUCUAUUCUAUUACAUUAAUGCAGUUGAUGCUGAUAUAAUUGGGGUGGGGGGGGGGGAGAAUGUAGUUUGAAUAGAAAAAUGAUAGAUCUUGUGUUGGAUCAAUCAUAAUUUUAUUUCAUGUCCUAGGUAUCUCACAGUCAGCACUGUGUGUUUGAUUGAUGUAUGCUUUUAGCAUUAAUAAUUACAUAUUCAUAUUAAAUGUUUCUAAAAAUAGAAAUAAAAUCUGGUAGAGAAACAGAGGCACGUGAUAUUCGUUUAUGGGAUUCAGGCUACAUUGAAGGUGUUGCCAAAGAGAUUGAAACACGUCUUAAGACUUUGAAAUCUGGAGCAGUUUCUAUGUCUAAACCUGCUUUGACAAGAAUGGUGAGAAUUACUCAACUAACGAAGCUUGAUAUUUGUUCAAAGCAAACUUUAGUCUGCUUUCAUAUUAGUUCUAAAUUUUAACAAUACUACUCUGAUAGUUAUGUAGCUCUAUUGAAUUGGCCUUUUUAAAAUGCUUUAAAAAAUUGCCAUGGUCAAGAAAGUUAAUUUUUAACAUUUAAUUAUUGAAAUUCUGCAUUUCAGAAAACUCUGAUGAAAACAUUUGCUGGUCGCCUGCCUGCCAAUGCUGCUCCAGUGCUUAGUACCCAUGACACAGAAGAAACAGCUGGUCCUAAGAUUGUCAUAUGUGUUCACCCUGAUCAAGCUAAUUUUGUAAGUACUGUGGUCUUAAUAUAUUUGAUUAUGAUACUAUUAAAUGAGACAGAGUUUUUUUUAAAAAGAUGAUUAAUAAAGAUAAUUUUAUCAAAUUAAUUUUAAAUUUAAAGAAGCACAAUGAACAUAAAUAAAGUAUUUAAUGUGAUCGUUUAAUUUUUUUAAUGCUGCCUACUAAGAAUUAAAUUUAAACAACACUCGUAAAAUUAAAUAACACAAGGAAAGUUUAAAUAUUCCUUUUGAUAUUGAUGAUGUAAAUAUGAAAUCUAAAGUUUGAUGCUUUCCUCAGGGUUUCGAAAUGAAAGGCUGGUUGGAAGAAGUUGGUCACUCAACUUGGGUCUCUGCAGUCAAAGGUGAACCAUUGAAUUUGGGAGAUGCUGAUGUUAUUAGAGCUAGCCAAGUUGGUAUGUGGCUAUUCAAACAAUUUUAUACUAAAUACAUAUAUGUAUUUCAGAAGUAACAGUAAACUCUUUCUAUGCCCCUUAGAUAUGUCAUCUUAUUUUAUAACAAAAUUAUAGCAAAUAGGCCUAUCUCUUAAUGUUAAAAUAAUGUUAGAGUUGUAAGGACAUCCAUCAAUAAUAUUCACCAGGUAAUCAAUGGGCAAUAUCUUUAUUAGAGAAUAUCAAAUAUUUCAUAUGCAAUAUACGUUUGCAAUUAUAGAUAAUCAAUUUGCAUACAAAUUUAUCUGUAUGUUUGUUUGUUCCUUCAAAUAAAAAUUACAGUUGACUUGAUUGAACUGAAAAAGGAAACAUCUAAGAAUAUUGCAGUCAACAGCGGCCUCUACAUCACACCGCAACAAGUCAAAGUUUUCCAGGAAGCUGUGGACAAGGCUGUAUUAGUUGUUAUCAUUUUGUCAAAAGCAUUCACUCAGUCAAAGCUUUGUCUCCAACAGGUAACAACACCUUUUCCAGAGUUUUGUGUUUAGUAGUCGCUCUAAACCUGAAAACAGAUUGAGAACAGUUGAAAACAUCUUCAGCUACAUGUAAAACCAAUCAUGGAUUUUUAUAGAAAGUGACUCUAAUGAGUUUAUUUUAUUUUAAUUAGACUUGCAUUUCCUUAGAUGAAUGAAACAAGACAUGAAGUUUUAGAUGCUGACCAAUUUCUGUAACUGAAGAAUGCUAAAGAUAGCCACAUGAGAUUGCUUUAAAACAUUAACACAACCUUUCUUUGUGUGAGACAUAAAAUAAUAUUAUAUUGUGUAAAGAUGUCUUUAAAUUGUUAAUUAAUAUAUUUUGUCCCUUACUGUUUGUUUUUAAAAUAACUUUGUCCCUUACCCUGAUAAAUUUGUACAUGAUAAUUUGAUGCAAUGGGAAACAGAAUUAUUAAUGUUCUGCAGAUCCUGAGAUUUAGUUUUUAUUGGCAGCUAAAACAAAUUAUUUUUUUCCAGUAUAACUUGUUAAAAAUCUUCUAUUUUUGUACAUUUAUAAUUAUGACUUUUCCUAUCUGGCAGGUAUUCUACUGUGAACACCGUAAGCAGCUACUUCCUGUUGUAUUUGAUGAAUUUAAAUUUCCAUGUUGGCUCAAAAUGCUGAUCAGAGCAAAAAGGAUACUGGUAAUUUUUUUAGCAUUUUAUAUCUUUGUCUGUCUUAAAGAAAUGGAAUAUUAUCUCCUUUUUUUUUGAAAUUGUAAAUGUGAAAGAUAUAUAUAUGUACGUCACAUGUUUUAAAAUAAUUUUAUAGAUGUGUAAACAUUUUUAAUUGAAAGAUUUGUUUUGAUCUGUAGAAAUCAAACAUGCCAGAAUUCCGAAAGGCCUUUCUAAUGCAAGUUGAAAGAGGUUUAGACCCGACUGCCAAGAACUGCCUUGAGACCGAUAGUCAGGAGGCAAACAUUGCUCUUGCUGUAAGUUUUAGUAAAAAUACUCAUGUGUAGGAGUGUGUUAACUGAAGAUAUUAACAAUUAUACUAUUGAAUUCAUUGACAUUAUUGUUAGUCAUUAAAAUUUUGAUACUACAGAAUUCAAACCUAUUCCUCAAUGUAACCGUACUGAAAGCAAAUUUUAAGAGACAUUUAACUUUUGUACAUUAACUCAUAAUAACAACUUUAGUCUAUCAACUAGUAGAAACCAGCUGCCAAAAUUAAUAAGAAGUUCAUGGAGUGAAGAAUGGACUGAGUGAAUUUAAAAUAAUGUGUUAACGUUGCUAAAGUUUUAAUAUUAAUAUAUGUUGUCUCUCAUAAAGGUCAGUGUGGCUUACUACGAUUAAAUUUUCUAACAAAUUUUUAUCCAGGUCCAUUACCUUAGGAAAUCGUUGCAAGUUAAGGAAUGUGUGUAUGUGACUGGGUCCUCAAAGAUCCUUAGUUCCAGAACAGAAGAAGUUUGCAAGUAAGAACUGUGAUAUAUGAGCUUGUUAUUUAUGUAGAAAAUACUCUGUUACAAAUAAAACAAUGUAGCAUGUUAGGCUACUUAAUAUAUAAAAAACACUUUUGGAUAAAAUUCACGUUUAAAUAAGUGGUUAAAUUUGGGGUUAAUAUUAAUAAAAUAAAUAUUCGGUUAAUAUUGAAUAAUAGAUCGGAACUCUGGACCUAAAAUUAUGGGCUUACUGCUGCCUUAAUCUUAACUUGCAAAUAGAUUUCUCUCAUGCUUGUCCCUUUCAACAGAAAUUGAUAAUUCUUUAAAUUAAUUAUGGUAUUCAAUCUAUUGUAUCAACUUGACAGGGCCAUUGGAACCCACUUGGCCAAAUUAGAAAACAUAUUUAUUGUAACUGGAGGCUGCUAUGGAACAAGUGAAAUGGUAGCUCGAGUAUUUGAUGAAGAUUGCAGCACACAAGCAGAGAGAUCAGCAGUGUGGCAUGUUUUGCCUGAACAAGACUCUCAGGUACUAACCUGGCUUUUAAUGGGUUUUUUUCCUCUGCAUUAAAAUUGUUACAUUAUUUACUAAUGAAUUGUCAGGCAUUAAAUCAUACAUAAUUGUUUUACUACUUACCAUUGUAAACCAUUGUAAGGUAACUUUAAAACAUCAUUCACUAUUUCUCAGGAUGUCAGUGAACAGUACAACCAGAGCUCAGAUGGAACUUUUGGAUUGAAAGAUUUUGGCAAAACUUUGUUCUGUGGCAAUAGUGUUUGGGAAAAAGAGGUUAUUGCUGGCAGAUGUUUCCAGAUUUGUUUGCUCAUAGAAGGUAAGACACCCCAGGGAUUAAGUUGAUUAAUUAUACUAUUUCAUUACAACAGAAGUUAGUAUAAAAUAUAGGUUUAAGAUACAUUUUAAUAAGUCAAUUGGAGAAACAUAUACAACCAUUUUAAAAACAAACCUUUAAUUUUUUAAAUUCUGAAUUAUCGUGGUGAAUAGAAAAUUUGUAGCAAAAUGAGAGAUGCUUUUAUAAAGAUAAUUUAAACAGCUCAGAAAAAAUAACAAAAUCAGUUUUGCAAUUUUUAUAUCAAACUCACCUCAUACCAAUGCAGAAAUAAACUGGACUCAUAAAGCAUGGUUUAGAAAUUAUAUUGAUAUCUUCAAAUGAUUGUCAGUAAAAUAUUACAUUUUAAUGUUUCAACAUGUGAUAUGGUAAUUAAAUUGAUUUGUGUUGGCAUCAAUUAAUUGUUUUCAAAUGUGUAUGCAGGUGGGCCCCACUCAGCCCAUGAAGUAGAGGAGUUUGUGUGGAGUGACCACAUAGUGGUCCCAGUCUGUUGUUCUAAUGGGAAUGCUGUGGGAGAUGUUAAAGUCACUGACAAGAUGUAUCAGGUUAGACAAUUUUAAUAUGAAAUAAUAUUUCUGAUCAGCCUAAAUAAAACAGUAUAGUCAAGAUUUAGUUAAAAGAUGACAUACUCAUUUAAGAUGCUAUGGCUAAUGCCUUCCCCAAUACAACAAAAUACAAACUUGUACAAUAUUUAUAUAUAUCUUACCAUUAAAUAAUUUUUAAAAAAGAAGAAGAGUAGGCACAACUCCCUCACAAAAUCAAAAUAUUUAAACAUGUAUAUUAUUCAUCAGCUUGAUUAUCUUGUUUUUAUCUAGUUUAAAAUUUUCAUCUUGUUAUUUUUCUUUUUUAAGAUGCCCCCUGGUGUAACUGAGCGAGAUUGGAAAUGUCUUAAUGAUAAGUCAACUCCUCCGGAUGAGGUGGGCAUGGCUGUUUCAAGAGUCAUCACCAGCUUACUUCAACACUUCCACACCCAGGACGACAGUCCGGUUAAACAUCAACUUCGGCAGACUGGCUCAAUACCAGAGGAAGCAGAACAUGAAAAUGUUGAGCCUACCCUAUCUUUUGCUAGUGAUUCUGCAAAUGUAUCCCCUCGAAAAAAAAGCCCAGGUUGGGUAACAAAGCUGCGUAGCUUGCAAACCAUAAUUCAUCCACAUUAACAUAAUUUCAAUGUGUGGAGGCAUGUCAUUUUAUUUAAUCCCAUUGUCUAUUUUAACUGUAUAAAUGAAACUUUUUCAGUUAACAGUAUUUUACUUCUUUAACAAUUCUUAAACAGAACAUUUAAGUUUUUUUUAUUAGUCGGCUAAAUGUUUCCUAGUGGCUAAAUCAUUCACAAUGUUAAGAAGCAGAUAUUAUUAAAUGUCAUUCAGCAAGAAGUAAUUGUUACGUGGAACCACAAUUUAAAAGCACACAGAAAUAGUAGACAAGACAAAGUUUAGUGACAAGGCCACUGAGAGUAUUUGUUAAAUGAACUGGCAUUUUAUUGUAUGUUGGCUUUAAUUUGUACAAAAGAAAUCAUGUUUUAAAAUUUUUUCACACACUGGAUGUGUUUCAUUUAAGUCUCUCAGUAUUUAUUACGUUAUUUAGAGAUGUAACAGUUAUAUCUUAUGGUAGCUUUAAUGAUUUUUAUUGGACCACUUACAGCCAGGGAAACCCACACAAAGUAUUGAUAACUUUUAGUCUUUACAAAGUCAGAUAUCUGCUUUUUUCCCAAAUUUCCUGUUGUAAAAAUGUAUUUUGACAAUCCAACUUAGUAUUUUACCCAACUCUUAUUGCAAGCAGAGCACAUAUUGCUUUUUUUUAUAUAAAAUUGCCUUAAUUAAUAAGUCUACUAUCUGCCUUAAUUACACUAUAUUUUAUGAUAAAUUUCAGAUUUUUGUCCACUUGUUAUACAGAUGUUUUUAAAGGUUGUUAUUUUUUAAAUUUGUCUCAUGAAAGUAGUGAAUCCUAUCAUUUAUUUGUCACAACGAAAAGUAUCACCAAAUCUGUGUUGUGCCCUUUUAAUCUGUUCAUGUUUUCACUAUCCUAAACCUUAUUUUUGGUCACUGGGUAUUUUUAGUUAAUGCUUUAAUCAAUGAUUUGGAUUGGCCUUUUUUGACUUUUAUCCAAUGAGAUCAUCCUUAAUUGUGACAUAAUAAUCAUCGGUGAGUUUGUCAUUCAUUUGAUCAAGGGCAGACUUUUAUACUUUUUUUAAACUUUUAUUUUUACCUAAUCUUUUGUUUUGGUUUCUAGGAUUUCUCAUUUUGAUCAAAUGUAAAUUUUUUAAAAUGUAUAUAUUCAUGAAAAUUUUAUAUUCAAGCAUUAUAAUAAAAGUUCUAUAAAACUGUUCCUG